AUGGAACAAUGUGACAAACAACACGGCAAACAACAUAGGGAACAACAUAACAAACAACAUAGGGAACAACAUAACAAACAACAUAGAAGCAACAUAGGGAACAACCUGGCAAACAACAUAGGGAACAUCAUGGUAAACAACACAGGGAACAACAUGGUGAACAACAUAGGGAACAUCAUAGGGAACAACCUGGCAAACAACACAGGGAACAUCAUUGUAAACAACAUAGGGAACAACAUGGUAAACAACAUAGGGAACAUUAUGGUAAACAACAUAGGGAACAACAUGGAAAACAACAUAGGGAACAACAUGAUAAACAACAUAUGGGACAACCUGGCAAACAACAGAGGGAACAACAUGGUAAACAACAGAGGGAACAUCAUGGUAAACAACAUAGGGAACAUCAUGGUAAACAACAUAGGGAACAACAUGGUAAACAACAUAGGGAACAACAUGGAAAACAACAUAGGGAACAACAUGGUAAACAACAUAGGGAACAACAUGGUAAACAACAUAGGGAACAACAUGGUAAACAACAUAGGGAACAUCAUGGUAAACAACAUAGGGAACAACCUGGCAAACAACAGAGGGAACAACAUGGUAAACAAUAUAGGGAACAUCAUGGUAAACAACAUAGGGAACAUCAUGGUAAACAACAUAGGGAACAACAUGGUAAACAACAUAGGUGACAACAUGGUAAACAUCAUGGUAAACAACAUAUGGAACAUCAUGGUAAACAACAUAGGGGACAACCUGGCAAACAACAUAGGGAACAUCAUGGUAAACAACAUAGGGAACAACCUGGCAAACAACACAGGGAACAUCAUGGUAAACAACAUAGGGAACAACCUGGUAAACAACAUAGGGAACAACCUGGCAAACAACAUAGGGAACAACCUGGCAAACAACAUAGGGAACAACCUGGCAAACAACAUAGGGAACAUCAUGGUAAACAACAAAGGGAACAUCAUGGUAAACACCAUAGGGAACAUCAUGGUAAACAACAAAGGGAACAUCAUGGUAAACAACAAAGGGAACAUCAUGGUAAACAACAAAGGGAACAUCAUGGUAAACAACAUAGGGAACAUCAUGGUAAACAACAUAGGGAACAUCAUGAUAAACAACAUAGGGAAAAUCAUGGUAAACAACAUAGGGAACAACAUGGUAAACAACAUAGGGAACAUCAUGGUAAACAACAUAGGGAACAUCAUGGUAAACAACAAAGGGAACAUCAUGGUAAACAACAGAGGGAACAUCAUGGUAAACAACAAAGGGAACAUCAUGGUAAACAACAAAGGGAACAUCAUGGUAAACAACAAAGGGAACAUCAUGGUAAACAACAAAGGGAACAUCAUGGUAAACAACAUAGGGAACAUCAUGGUAAACAACAAAGGGAACAUCAUGGUAAACAACAUAGGGAACAUCAUGAUAAACAACAUAGGGAACAUCAUGGUAAACAACAUAGGGAACAACAUGGUAAACAACAUAGGGAACAUCAUGGUAAACAACAUAGGGAACAUCAUGGUAAACAACAAAGGGAACAUCAUGGUAAACAACAUAGGGAACAUCAUGGUAAACAACAUAGGGAUUAUCAUGGCAAACAACAUAGGGAACAUCAUGGUAAACAACAUAGGGAACAUCAUGGUAAACAACAAAGGGAACAUCAUGGUAAACAACAUAGGGAACAUCAUGGUAAACAACAUAGGGAACAUCGUGGUAAACAACAUAGGGGACAACCUGGCAAACAACAUAGGGAACAUCAUGGUAAACAACAGAGGGAACAGCAUGGUAAACUUUGAUCUUCACUUGAUGUUAUGA